AUGACUACAAUAGACUCACAGCAUGAUGAUAUGAUGCACGAUGCGAUAUUGGAUUACUAUGGAAAACGUUUGGCUACUUGUUCGUCUGACCACACCAUCAAGGUGUUCUCUUUGGAAAAUAACCAACAAACAUUAUUAGAGGUCCUUCAUGGUCAUACAGGCCCUGUUUGGCAGUUAGACUGGGCUCAUCCUAAGUUUGGGACGAUUCUCGCUUCUGCUUCGUAUGAUGGUCAUGUUAUCGUUUGGCGUGAAGUUGAUGGUGUUUGGAGACAAUUAAUUGAUUAUAGUGCUCACCAAGCUUCCGUCAAUGCCGUUUCCUGGGCUCCUCAUGAGUACGGGGCUCUUCUUGCUUGUGCAAGCUCAGACGGCAAGGUUUCCGUCUUGGAUUUUAAAGAUGAUGGUUCAUAUGAUACCAGGAUGUUUUCCACCCACGAGUCCGGCUGUAAUGCCGUUUGCUGGUCUCCGCCAAGUCUUUCGGGCUCAAUCGUAGGUCAGUCACCAGCUGCAGGCCCUAAGAAGUUAGCUAGUGCAGGAUGCGACAAUCUUGUUAAAAUUUGGGCAUUUGAUUCUAAUGUCAACAACUGGAUUUUAGAAGAUACUCUCACAGGCCAUGUCGACUGGACUAGAGACGUUGCUUGGGCUCCCAGUGUUGGCCUUACCAAAACAUACCUUGCAUCUGCUUCUCAAGACAAAAACGUUUUCAUAUGGACAAAGGAGGGUGAUUGCCCUUGGCAGAAAACUCCCCUAACUGAAGAGAAGUUCCCAGAUGUCGCUUGGCGUGUUUCUUGGUCUCUUUCCGGUAAUAUCCUCGCUGUAUCUUGCGGUGACAACAAGGUUUACCUUUUCAAAGAAUCCAAUAAAAAAUGGCAACUGAUUAAUGAAUUGAGUGGUUAA